CCCUCUCUUCACCUUCGCCCAUCCACUUCUUCUUCUCUCUCUCUCUGUGCGCUUGUGAAACGAGCAUUUUGCUAGCGAGCGAGGAAGAGAGAAAUGACUCGAGCAAGCGUGGUGUUUGCAGCCUCCCUCAUCUCAUUCUCCCUAAUGUGGCUCGCCGACGCCAGGAUCCCCGGCGUCUACUCCGGCGGCCCCUGGCAGACCGCCCACGCCACCUUCUACGGCGGCUCCGACGCCUCCGGCACCAUGGGUGGGGCCUGCGGGUACGGGAACCUGUACAGCCAGGGCUACGGCGUGAACACGGCGGCGCUGAGCACGGCGCUGUUCAACAACGGGCUGAGCUGCGGGGCGUGCUUCGAGAUCAAGUGCGCGAACGACCCCACGUGGUGCCACUCCGGCAGCCCCUCCAUCUUCGUCACCGCCACCAACUUCUGCCCCCCGAACUUCGCCCAACCCAGCGACAACGGCGGCUGGUGCAACCCUCCCCGCCCCCACUUCGACCUCGCCAUGCCCAUGUUCCUCAAGAUCGCCGAGUACCGCGCCGGCAUCGUCCCCGUCUCUUUCCGCCGGGUGCCGUGCCGGAAGCGAGGCGGGAUGAGGUUCACCAUCAACGGGUUCCGGUACUUCAACCUGGUGCUGAUCUCGAACGUGGCGGGGGCCGGGGACAUCGUGCGGGUGAGCGUGAAGGGGGCGAGGACCGGGUGGAUGAGCAUGAGCCGCAACUGGGGCCAGAACUGGCAGUCCAACGCCGUGCUGGCCGGCCAGGCGCUCUCCUUCCGCGUCACCGCCAGCGACCGGCGCUCCUCCACCUCCUGGAACAUGGUCCCCGCCGGCUGGCAGUUCGGCCAGACCUUCACCGGCAAGAACUUCAGGGUCUGAGGAGCGAAGCCUCUUUUAAUUCACCGUUUUGUCCUCGCCGCGCCAUUUUCCCACUCUCCAGAAUGCCCUGUUCCUUUUCAUUUUCUCGUUUUGCUGUUUUAACUCGUAAGGUGUUGGGGAAUGUGAAAGUGAACGGAGCGUCAGACUUCUUUUUUGACUUUUUGAUUGGUGGGUCUUUUUUUUCCGUUUUCUGCUUUCCAUUUUCUUUUCUUUUUUGGGGUGAAGUGUUGAGUGGGGGGAUUGUUUGGUUAGUAGGGAAGGAGGAAUGUUAGAAGACAUCCUAGGGCUGAGGAGGCGUCUGCACAAGCACGUGGCCCGCAGCUGAUAUGGCACCUAUGAAGCACUAGUAGUAGACCAGUAACAUUAUGCUCGAGCAAGUUUGAGUAUGUGUAUCUAUAAUUUAUUAUAUAUAUAUAUAUGUAUGUGACACGUUAUAUUUCUCUUACAUUAUGUAACCAGCAAGUGUAAUGUAGUCGAAUCUAUAGCUGAAUUUGGAAUGGAAUUUGUGUUUGCCUCGUCA